UGGCGGAGCAGCAUGGCGGACGACAGCGAGAGAAGCGUGAGUCCAAACACAGCUGAUCCGGACCAGGGUUCGAGCAGCGAGGACGAGAACAACAACGAGACCGGGGACGGAACCGAACCCGCCGCGAAGACCUUCAAAGAGCUGGGGGUGACUGAGGUGCUGUGUGAGGCGUGUGAUCAGCUGGGAUGGAAGGCUCCGACGAAGAUCCAGAUAGAAGCCAUACCUGUGGCUCUGCAAGGCAAAGACGUGAUCGGCCUGGCAGAGACGGGUUCGGGUAAAACGGGAGCUUUUGCCCUGCCGAUCCUGCAGACCCUGUUGGACUCUCCCCAGAGGCUCCACACGCUCGUCCUCACCCCCACCAGAGAGCUCGCCUUCCAGAUCUCUGAGCAGUUUGAGGCCCUGGGCUCCAGCAUCGGGGUCAAGUGUGCUGUCGUUGUUGGAGGAAUCGACAUGAUGUCCCAGUCUUUAGUCUUGGCCAAAAAACCUCACAUUGUCAUAGCUACUCCUGGACGAUUGAUAGACCAUUUAGAAAACACUAAAGGCUUUUCGUUACGAGCGCUCAAGUUUUUAGUCAUGGAUGAAGCUGACAGGAUUCUCAACAUGGACUUUGAGACAGAGGUGGAUAAAAUCUUAAAAGUUAUUCCCAGAGACAGACGGACGUUUUUGUUUUCGGCGACAAUGACUAAAAAGGUUCAGAAACUCCAGAGGGCAGCGCUCAAAGAUCCUGUCAAGUGCGCAGUGUCCACCAAAUAUUCCACAGUCGACAAACUGCAGCAGUACUACGUCUUUAUACCGGCCAAGUACAAGGACUGUUAUUUGGUCUCCAUCCUGAACGAUUUGGCCGGCAACUCCUUCAUGAUCUUCUGUAGCACGUGUAACACUGCCCAGAGGGUGGCGCUGUUGUUAAGGAAUCUGGGCAUCACGGCGAUUCCUCUGCAUGGACAGAUGAGCCAGAACAAACGUCUGGGAGCUCUGAAUAAGUUCAAGUCGAAGUCUCGCUCGGUGCUGCUGGCCACAGACGUCGCCUCUCGAGGUCUGGACAUUCCUCACGUGGACUGUGUCAUCAACUACGACAUCCCCACACACUCCAAGGACUAUAUUCACCGAGUGGGCAGGACAGCCAGAGCGGGCCGGGCCGGGAAAUCCAUCACUUUUGUUACGCAAUACGACGUGGAGCUGUUCCAGAGGAUCGAGUCUCUGAUCGGGAAGAAGCUGCCGGCCUUUCCCACGCAGGAGGACGAGGUCAUGAUGCUGGUGGAGCGAGUCAGCGAGGCCCAGAGGUUUGCCAGACUGGAAAUGAAGGAGCAGGGCGAGAAGCGCAAGCGACCGAGAGGAGGCGACGGAGACGAUGACGACACGGAGCAGGCCAGCGGCGUGAGGAAGAAGGUCAAAGGUGGACCCGGAGGAGGGGGCAAGAAGAGGGGGGGCGCGGCCUGGAGAGGAGGCCGCUAACCCCCACACACCCACAGAACAGACUCUUAUCAACCACAAACAAGGACUUCUGCUUUCCUACACUGCAAAAAUAUUAUCUACAGUUGUUAAAAUGAGCCAGAUUUAGAGUAUUCGGUCAGAGUGACACUGGCUGUUUACAUGCACAACAAAAAUCUGAUUUGUGGAGUUGUCAGAAUAUUGAAUGUUAUCGAAAAAAUAUCAGGAAUAUCUAUAAUCAAAUACUAAAACUAGCACUGAAACUAGUUCAUGAUUCGCCCAUGUGUCAGUACUAAAAAAGUCACACUCAGACAGAAAUUAGCUUUUUCUGAAGAGGUUUUAGAAUAAUCUGUGUAUCAUUCGUUUUUCAAUAUAAAUCCAAAAAUAAGAAGAUGAAAAAACAACUGUUUUCUUUAUUAUUUGUCUCCAAAACCAAAAUGAAAAAAACAGAUAAUGAUUUGUUUUUUCAGUUUUCGAUUUUAUGUUUAAAUGAAGAACGGAAAAAACAGAUAACGGCCGUUUCCCGUUUACGUGACUUCCGUGACUGCGAUGCCGGAAUUUUGCACUUCAUACGGACUGAACCAGGACUGAUCCAGGUCCAGGACCAGACCGGGACCAGAGCACACUCCGAACUUUGACUCCGAGCCUCUGCAGGGUCUGAGUCUCAGCGUCGAGCUCCGGCCCUGUCGUGACCUCUGAGCCUCCGGUCUGGUCUCGGUCUCAGUCCUGGUCUGGUCCCAGUCUCAGUUCUGGUCUGAGUCCCGGUCUGGUCCUGCUCUGGUCUGGGUCUCAGUCCCAAUCUGAUCUCGGUCUCAACCUCUGUCUCAAUCUCGGUCUGGUCCCGGUCUGGUCCCGGUCUGGUCCCGGUCUGGUCUCGGUCUGGUAUCGUCUCAGUUCCGGUCUCAGUUCCGGUCUGGUCCCGGACCUGGAUCAGUCCUGGUUCAGUCCAUAUGCGGCGCAGAAGUCCGACAUCGCAGUUUAAGUCACGUAAACGGGAAACGGUCGUUAUCUGUUUUUUCCAUCCUUCAUUUAAACACAAAAUCGAAAUCUGAAAAAACAAAUCAUUAUCUGUUUUUUCAUUUUUUCUUUUGGAGACAAAUAAUCAAUAAAACAGUUGUUUUUUCGUUUUCUUAUUUUUGGUUUUAUUUUGAAAAACGAAUGAACGAAUGACACACGGAUUUAGAAUGAUUUUGAGCUGUAUCAGGACAAAUAUAAGAGAGACUGAGGGAUUACACACAUAUAAGGCCACGUGGGAAAAAAAGUACUAUGAUUUAAUGCUGAAAACCACAUUCUAUUGUCUAAAGAAAGAGUGUUUUUAUUAUCAUCAUGGUGUCUGAAUCGGUAUCGAAUAUCGAGUCUAUUCCUUAGUAUCGAAAUCAAGUAUUCUGAUGUGUGAGUAAUCUCUUCUUUCUAUUCACACCAGCGCAGGUUUUGACAUGAAGAAUUAAGCAAAAAAGGACAAAAAAACUAUUGUAAAGACAGAAAUUAGUGCAAUAAUUUUGAAAAGAACUUCAGAUGUUUUAAUGAUCAGAUUUCUCUUGUGCAUGUAAACACCAAAACUAGAUCUAAAUAUUGGGUUAUCUAAUUACUAGGGAUGUAACAAUAACCAAAAUAUUGUGAUAUCGUAUCGUCAAAAGCCUCUCAAUGAUAUCGUGGGCUGUCACAAUAUAUCGAAUCGCAAGUUUCUUUGCUUAAAUGCAUGGUUUUAUAGUAGUAACGGCUUAUAAACAUCGGGAACUACAUUUCCCAUGAUUCAUUUCAGCACAGACAACAUGAAGAAAUGUGUUUUUUACUUGAAUUCUUGGGAUUAUGACGGAAAUUAUUCACACCAAAAUCUUGUCAAGGUCAUUUAAAAGCACAAAAAGUGUCCUAUCUACAAUUAUAUCAGCCUCUGGGGGAAAAAAAUGCAAUAAAUAUCGUACCGUGAGAUGCAAAUCGUGAAAAUAUUUUACCGUGAGAUUUGGAUUUUUAUUGCGAUAUUUUGUGGAGACUAACAAAAUUGUGAAUAUGCCACUUUUUCCUCUUAAAAUGCCUUGACAAAAGUGCUUAGAACUGCUAUUUCUUCAUGUAGUUUGCACCAAAACAGAGCAAAGGAUCAUGGUCUAUGUAGUUCCCUCUGUUUUUAAGCUAUUGCUGCACCAUAACAAUGAAUUUAAGCAAAGAAACUUGUGAUUCGAUAUAUUGUGAUGGUCCAGGAGACUUUUGACGAUACGAUAUCACGAUAUUUUGGUUUUUGUUACACCCCUACUACUGAUUACUCAAGUUUUCAGAUUUUUAUUGCCCUUGACCAGUAAUAAUGCAGAUUGUAGAUUGUAGAUUUCGACAACAAGAAUCUACUAAACAAACAUUUGACCACAUUAUCUUUUAUAUUACAUUAACAUUGUAAACUUAUUCUUUGUUUUCUAGAUUUGUGAACGACUGUAAACAAUGUAUGUGUAAUAAAUUGUUAUAUAUACACAA